AUGGGAAAUAAUGCCCGGUUCAUUGAAGGGUUUAAAGAAGUGAUGAAAAAGGAGUUUGAAAUGUCUGACUUGGAUCUUGUUAAAUAUUUCCUUGGUUUGGAAAUUGUUCAAGGAGAGGAAGACAUCUUUGUAUCUCAGGAAAAUUAUGCUAAGGAGGUUUUGAUGAAGUUUAAGAUGACAAUUUGCAGCCUGGUUUCCACCCUUAUGGAACCUAGUACAAAACUUUCUAAGUAUGUAGAUGGAGACCGAGUUGAUGCAAGAAAAUACCGGAGUCUGAUUAGAAGUCUUAGAUAUCUUACAAAUACAAGACCAAAUUUAAAGCUAAGUGUUGGAAUAACAAGUUGGUAUAUGGAGGAGCUGAGAUAUACUCAUUGGAAGGCAUUAAAGAUAAUUGUAAGAUAUGUGAAGGAAUAA